AUGCUUUGUGUCAAUCUACUUUCAGACAUCACAAAUGGAAUUCAAGACAACAGACGUGAAAUGACGCAAAUAUUCAAAAGAGGCUACAGUCGAGGAGGAUGCCGGGAGUGCAAAAGAAGGAAGAGAAAAUGUGACGAGACAAAACCGUUUUGUUCUGAGUGCACAAGAUUAGGCAAAGAUUGUUGUUAUCCAACGGUGGGCGAAAAGGUGUUACGAGGGCCAAGAAAGAGCAACGGAGAAAACACAGCUUUACAUCGAAAACGGAUCUGGAACGUCCAAAUGUACACAGGUCCACAUCAACCAAGAAAGAGCUUUAAAUGGGAAGUCGUCUCUUCAGCGGAAGUCUCAAAAGGCAGAGCAGAUAAUAGAGUAGUCGAUACCAAGGGCUCUACCGGUAGAGGAGCAGACAGUUCACUAAUACUCGACGAUACAUAUUUACACGAGACGGUCAGAAAUCCAAUUGAUGUUAAAAAUCACCAACCUUUGGAUGUUGAGAUUCUCCAAGAGCGAAGCGUUGUACAACAAGAAACGAACAACGAAAAAUCCGUUGAAAAAGUUCAAGAUGGGGAGACAGAUUCCUUUGAGAAUGUUGAGAAAUUUCAUCAAACAGAAGACAAAAUGCACAGUCAAAAGGGCUUGAACUUUACCAGAAGAGCACACCAAGGUGCUGCCCAGCUGACAUCUACUGACAACCCCAGUCCUUCUUUCCUCUGCCCCAGCGAGCUUUACAACGGAGAUGAUCUCAAUCUACUUGCUUUGGAUCUAAGUAACCUUGUGAAUGGCAUAAUUUUUAACUCAAAUAUCGUACCCACUAAUGACCAAGAUGUGGCGCGCACCAAUAUCGAUGCAGAAGUGAACCAAAAUGCAACCAAUGUACCUAGCUGUAUAUCAGAUGAGUUCUUGAUUGACAAAUCGAAUGAGGAGAGGGAGUAUGUGAGACAAUUUUGUGAACGAUUCACUUUCCAGAAAUUGCCUUUUGGAGUGGAUAACAAGAACCCCAGCGUAUACAGAAACGCCAUCAGAGAAGUUGUCAUGAAGCAUGCCGUCAAGGAGCCUUUCUUGCUUGCUGCAGUUAUGUCACAAGGCGCGUACUCGUCGUCAGAAUUGCAAAAGGACGAAAUACUACGUCAGCACGAUUUGGAGAAUUGCGGAAAGUAUCUAAACAAUUGUCUUCAAUUACUACUUCCAGCGUUAAAUCAAGCUCAAAAAAGUGGGGUGGAAUGGGAUGUGACCUCGAACAUUGAAAAUAUACUUCUCACGGUACUAUCACUUGCAAUGUCCAAUGCGUGCAAUGAGAAGCAAAGCUGGCGUCCGCAUUUGCAAGGAGCGAGGGAAAUCAUCAUGAAGGCCACCAGCAGCAAAAUUCGACUGUCUUCAACAUUGAUUGUGUGCAAAAUGUGGUUCGCAGACUUUGAAAUUUUGGCAGGCCUUAGUUCUGAAAUGGGUGGGACACUUCGAACCAAGGAGCAGAUGGAUCUAGUGUUUAAUUUCGAUCCUUAUGAGCAGCUGGUGUUGAAAGAUUUUGGUUUGAUUCAGGAAAAUGGCUUCUGUGUGGUCACUGGCUACCACAUUGAGUGUCUUGGGUAUUUUAGAAAAGUUUGUGAUUUAUUAAGGUGGAAAAGAGAUUUUCCCAAUGAUGUGAUAGAUCCACUUGAGUAUAUGCAUUUGAUCUGUGAGUUCUAUUCUCAGUACGAAGUGAGGUUUACUAGCGUGGAAGAAACACCCACUACUGGACAGAUCUUUCUGGGGGCUUUGUGCGAAGAGGUACAAAAACCCGACGGUACAAUCGAAAUUGUGUCUUGGAUGGAUAUAUCUCAACAAGCAUUCACACUAGCUGGGUUGAUAACCAUUUUCACGCGACUACUAGGCAAUCCUCUUGAUUCACAGCAUAUAAAGGGACUAGUCAGUAAAAUUGUCGAUUUAGUGAAAAUAUUUCAAGAUUGCAAGUUACAAGACAGUACAAGGUUCCCCUAUGCGUUUCUGAUGAUACAGUGGCCGCUAUCAGUUGCUGGGUUCACAUGUACUGAUUCGCCUCAAUUCUCCGUGAUUGAAAACUUUUUUGAAAUGUGCUCGCAAACAGGCUCAAAUAGUGCCAAGUUCACUUUGCAGCGCAUAAGGAAAGCAUGGGACUCGAGGGAGAAAGGAGAGGAUAUUGAUGGUACAGAAGUUGGAAAAGUGGAUGUUAUAGCAUAUUGA